AUGGCUAAACCUCAUCCCGAAGCAAAAGUAAAGCUGGACGCCUACUCUGAUGCUCAAAACUUGCGCAGCUUCCUCAAGGGACAGAUAUUCGGCACCAUUACACCCGUCACUGAAUCCAACAUAACCAAGCCAGAAAUUCGAGGUCGUACCAUAAUCGUUACAGGCGCUAACACUGGUCUUGGCCUUGAAGCAGCGAAGCAGUUUGCCGAGCUGGCUUGCGUGUCACGUCUUAUCCUCGCAUGUCGGAGUGCGAGCAAGGGCAAUGCAGCCCGUGAGGCUAUCUUGGCUACCCUGCCCAGCGAGAAAGGUUCACAGCUCGAGAUAUAUGUCUGGGAGCUCGAUAUGGCUAGCAAAGCCUCAAUCGUGGCCUUUACAGAACGUACAAGACGUGAGCUAGAUCACGUCGACGCGAUUGUGCUCAAUGCUGGUGUCGACCUGGUCUCGUAUCAGAAGGCCAAAGACGAGGAUGGUGGAUAUGAGAUGACCGUCAUGGUCAAUGUGGUUGGCACGAUGAUGCUCGCCGUACUCAUAAUACCUGUUUUGCGUGAAAAAGCACGGCCUGGACUCACGCCAAGGAUCACAUUCGUUGGCAGCGCAGUCCAGUUCUUGGCGAAGCAUGCAUUGCUUGUCGAGGCAGAACAGAAUCAAAGUGGAGAAGGCAUCAUGCAAUGGCUGAGUACUGAGACCAGAUGGAAGAACAAGAUCGGCGAGGACAGAUACAAUCUCAGCAAGGUGAUGCUGCAGAUGCUUGUACAUCAGCUUGCAGCUCGCUACCCUGUUUCUGGUACUCAAAACACCAAGAAGGGUAUGAUCGUGAAUUGUGCAGCCCCUGGCUAUUGUAAGACAGAGCUGUUCAGAACCGCCGGUACAGCAGUCAGUCGAGUCGCGCUUAGACUGAUCGGGAGGGAGGCAGAGGUUGGAGCACGAUCGUUGUUAGUGGGAGCUGUUGGUCAGGAAGGUGAUGUCAAGAGUCAUGGUAUGUACAUGACUGAAGGCACGGUGAAAGGUGUUGGCUCGGCAUGGUUGCAGACCGAACAAGGGAAGAGAAUCGAACAGCAACUGUGGACGGAGUUGAUGGACGAGGUUGUGAAAUCGGUACCGACGGCUGAGUCUGAUCUAUAA